AUGUCGAACUAUUCUUCGCUAUUUCGAGUACUUUCGCCAUCCCGGGUACAAACUAAAUUCGAGGAAGAUUCACCACUUGUUAGAAAUAUGGCACAAAUGAUUUUAAAUUGUUUUAUCCUAGGUGACACUCGUGGGUUUCCGGUUGUUCUUGGAGAAAAAAUUGUCGUAAAGAAUGAUACCAUCCCUUUUGAAAUUUUCAACGUUGGACUUCUCACAGACUACAUCUGGGAAAAGAAAGAGGAUAUUAUUAGUAGCUCUAGAAUAGAUCUUUGGAAGGUUGAAAUCGAAGAUACCUAUGAAAACAAAGAAAAACUUAAAAAUACUGAAACCAACAUCGAAGAGGAAUUCGGGGGCGAGAGGUUGUCUACAACUAAAUUGGCUAAGAAUAUUUUCUCAGAUGGACCGCCGGAUGAACGCAUUCACAUCCUCGUGCAACAGCUACCUUCGCCCGCCACCACUGCGUUAGGGAAAAGAAAGACAGAGGAUUUGAACGAGGGGAAUGGGAACAAAAAGUACAAAGAAGAAAUAGAAUCUCUCGAAAAUGAAGCUAUCAAGCAUAAGAUUUCAACAUUUAUUAAUAGCUUAAACUCGAUUGACACAAAUAAGCAAGUGCUCGAGUUGCCACUAUUGCCAGGAGACGUCAAUAAAACAUCCAUAUAUAAACGAGAAUGUUAUAACUAUCUCCGUUCCCAUAUACUCAAUAAUAACCUCCACAAUCGGUUUUUAAUUACCGGUAAUCCGGGCAUUGGCAAGACUUAUUUCGGUAGACUAAUGUUAGUGGAAUUGCUUAAAAUUGGGAAAAAAGUUCUUUUCGAUAGUAAAGACUGCACGCUAUAUAUUGACCCUAAUGGUAAUACAUACCGAGUGAAUAGUUAUGAAUACAAACUUUUUGCACAAGCUAAGGAUACCUGGUGCAUAAUUGAUGGAAGGCCACCCCAAAUAAGUCAUGAUUGGUCUGCAGGGAAGUUUAUAAUGGUGUCUUCACCUCAGAGAGAUAUCAUUAAAGACUUUGACAAACCAAGAUGUAAAACAUUUUAUAUGCCAACAUGGGACGAAGACGAGUUACUUGAAUGUUGGAAGAGUCUAUAUAAGAGCGAAAUUGUUGAAGAAACAAUCAAAAGAAAAUUUAAUUUAUGUGGUGGGAUUCCAAGAUGGAUCUUCGAUAGUGAGAUGGACUCUGAAAAAAUUCGUAAAAUGAUUGUUUCUGCAUCCGAAUCAAUUGAUUCAUGUAUUUUAGAUUAUCAAGCAAAACUCUUCUUUGGUCAUGAAUUUUCUCAUAAGAUAAUUCAUAUACACACAAAUCUCGAGGACACGGAAAAUCCAUAUACUGAUUCUAUUUGCCUUUUUGCCUCAAAAUUCGCAGGAAAUAAAUGCAUAGACCACUUAAAAAGACAUAAUAAGGAGAAACUUCGCACGUUCAUCUUGAGUGCAAGGAAUAUAAAGGAAAUGGGCGCGCUUCGCGGACAGCUGUUUGAAUUGUUGUCGCAUGAAAUUCUAUGUAGGGGAGGAAGAUUUUUAACACGCAAACUAACAGAUAGGGGCACAGAACCCGAAGUAUUUAAAGAAUUUGAAUCAGAUUUAGAAGAAAGGAUCUUUUGGUCCGUUGACGAGAUUAAACAUGAUAUACAGCAAGGACAAAAAAAUUAUUAUCGACCAAAUUCUGAUACGUUUGAAAGUAUUGACAGUUACAUUUAUCCAAAUAAGAUGUUUCAAAUCACUGUUUCUAGGGGACAUGAUGUCAAGCAAGAUGGACUAAGAGCAAUCAAGGAAAUCUUAGAUGAAGAUUCUGAGAUUAACAUUUACUUUGUUUUGCCGAAGGAUAUAUUUGAAAAUUUUAAAACAAAACAGCCUUACAAAAAUAAGGGGGAUGGCAAGAGAUUUGAUGCUUGGAUUAACAAUAUAGUGCAGUAUGCAUUAUGCAUUGAUCUUGAUAAGUAUUGCGGUGAAUUAUAA